GCGAGGAGCGCUCUCCUCGAGGCCCUUCUCGCCGGACCUCCGGCCCCCGAUGGCUCGGAUGGGGCUAGCGGGUGCCGCUGGACUCUGGUGGGGACUCGCUCUCGGAUUGACCGCAUUCUUCCUCCCAGGUGCCCACACCCAGGUGGUCCAGGUGAACGACUCCAUGUAUGGUUUCAUCGGCACAGAUGUGGUGCUGCACUGCAGCUUCACCAACCCACUGCCUGGUGUGAAGAUCACGCAGGUCACAUGGCAGAAGGCCACCAAUGGCUCCAAGCAGAAUGUGGCCAUCUACAACCCAGCCAUGGGCGUCUCCGUGUUGGCUCCCUACCGUGAGCGUGUGGAGUUCCUGAGGCCCUCCUUCAUUGAUGGCACCAUCCGCCUCUCCCGCCUGGAGCUGGAGGAUGAGGGUGUCUAUAUCUGCGAGUUUGCCACCUUCCCUGCUGGCAAUCGAGAGAGCCAGCUUAAUCUCACUGUCAUGGCCAAACCCACCAACUGGAUAGAGGGUACCCAGGCAGUACUUCGAGCCAAGAAGGGUCAUGAUGAUAAGGUCCUGGUGGCCACCUGCACCUCAGCCAAUGGGAAGCCACCCAGUGUACUGUCCUGGGAAACACGGUUGAAGGGCGAGGCAGAGUACCAGGAGAUCCGGAACCCCAAUGGCACAGUGACUGUCAUCAGCCGCUACCGCCUGGUGCCCAACCGGGAAGCCCACCAGCAGUCCCUGGCCUGCAUAGUCAACUACCACAUGGACCGCUUCCAGGAAAGCAUCACCGUCAAUGUGCAGUAUGAGCCCAAGGUGACCAUUGAGGGAUUCGAUGGGAACUGGUACCUGCAACGGAUGGAUGUGAAGCUCACCUGCAAAGCUGAUGCUAACCCCCCAGCCACUGAGUACCACUGGACCACGCUGAAUGGUUCUCUCCCCAAGGGCGUGGAGGCCCAGAACAGAACCCUCUUCUUCAGGGGACCUAUCAACUAUAGCCUGACAGGGACCUACAUAUGUGAGGCCACCAACCCCAUUGGCACCCGCUCAGGCCAGGUGGAAGUCAAUAUCACAGAAUUCCCCUACACCCCAUCUCCUCCUGAACAUGGGCAGCGGGCCGGGCCAGUACCCACGGCCAUCAUUGGGGGCGUGGCAGGGAGUAUCCUGCUGGUGCUUAUUGUGGUUGGCGGAACCGUGAUGGCCCUGCGCCGGCGCCGUCAUACCUUCAAGGGUGACUACAGCACAAAGAAGCAUGUAUAUGGCAACGGCUACAGCAAGGCAGGCAUCCCCCAGCACCACCCGCCCAUGGCCCAGAACCUGCAGUAUCCUGAUGACUCAGAUGAUGAGAAGAAGGCCGGCCCACUAGGAGGGAGCAGCUAUGAGGAGGAGGAGGAGGAGGAGGGUGGUGGAGGAGGCGAACGCAAGGUGGGAGGCACUCACCCAAAAUAUGACGAGGAUGCCAAACGGCCCUACUUCACAGUGGAUGAGGCAGAAGCCUGUCAGGACAGCUAUGGGGACCGGACUCUGGGCUACCAGUAUGACCCUGAGCAGCUGGACUUGGCCGAGAACAUGGUUUCUCAGAACGAUGGGUCUUUUAUUUCCAAGAAGGAAUGGUACGUGUAGUCCCCUCUCCAGACUACAUCCCUUCUGUCUUCACUCCUCUCCAGCCCCACUCACACACCUGCCUGACUCCCACCUGCCCCUCACCACCUAAUCCUCCACAAACUGACAGGAGACUCGCUCAGCUGCCCAAAGCCAGACCCUCACUUGCUGGGAGCCAUUGAGCCUUGGGCAGAUACAACCUGCUUUGUUUUGAUUCCCACUCUCCCCCACCCCCCUGUCCCCUGUUCUCCCCAGGAUUUCAUGCUCAUUGUGACUUUGAUGUUCCUGAACCUUUCCUCCCCAACUGCAGCCUCCUGCCCUCUGUGCAGGGCACCGAUUCUCAUCUUGUAUACCUAGGCAUCUGUUCCUCCAGGGUUUGGGGAGCCAGCCCUCCCCUGUCCCAACACUGGAAUUUCUCUAUGUUCUCUCCACUAGGGGAAGGAGGCUGCAGAGCCUCCCAGAGGAAAAGCCUCACCCCCAGAUGCUGCUCUUUUGUUCCCAAGAAGAGGGAACUCAACACCCCCAAUGUGAGCUGACGCAGCCGGGAGUUUGAACCCCGGUCUAGACAGCAAUUGCACCCAAGAGGUAGUGUGUGAGGUAUGGCUUCUCUGAAGCACCCAGAGUUGUCUGGGUAAAUCAAGUUGAAUAGAGUUGAGGUCCCACCUGGGGCCUUCGGCAGUAUGUUUUCCUAAUGAGGUUGGUUUUAUAUAUUUUUUCCUUUUUAUCCUGCAGACAGUAAUGUCCUACAUGACCUUCCUCUUUACCCCAGUUUUUCCCCACAGAGUGGGACUCCAAGGUGGACUCUGGCCCACACUUCCCACACAGCUCUACUGACACAAUACAUGUACCCACAUACACACACACCACUCAUGUCUGCUUCUGUGCACCCCUAGGGGUACAUACCUUACCCAGGCUGGACACUGCCCAAGGCUUGCCUCUCUGCUCCAUUUCUUCCCCCUUCCCAGUUGACAGUGGGGUGGCCUUCAGAAGCUUUCAGGACAGCUGAGACUAUGCCUCCAAUGCCUCCACCUAGGAUCUCAGGCUGGCCCUAAACUGCUUCUUACAGCAUGGAAGUUCCUCAGAUUUUUCUUAGCUAUUCAAUGCUAGCAACUCUUGAUUCUCUUGGGGAGUCAGGGCUGGGAUCCCAGAAGGGAAACGUGUCCAGGAGUUAGAGGUGAGCAAGUAACCAGGUAGAGGGCAUGGGGAGGCUUCCUCCCCUGUGUUAGCAGCUCUGCAAAUAUAGUCACAAGACUGAAAGAUGUAGGUAGCACCUCACCCACAAAGGCCAGAAAGUGCAAGGGGAGUAGGGGAGCCAGGGAUACCGAGUCAAAAGCUCCUACUUGCUCCUGCUCACCACUCUCUACUUCCUGCUCAGCUAUCCCUGGUCUUUGUUUUGAGUGAGGGCACCUUGGAGAAGCUUUCCCUUUGAGUUGUAGAAUACCCCCUUGAAUGGGGUUCUGAGUUCCUGUCAGCCACCCAAGACUCAGUCUUCCCAAGACUCAAUCUAUAAAAUGGGGGAAGACCCCUCCCAGCCCUCUCAGUUCCCCUAGCUCAAAGUGCCUCAGUUCCUCCAUCUGCCCACUGAUUGCUCCCUAUACCCCACCCCUGGCACUCUAGAUAAGAAAGAUCCUGGGAUGGGAGAGGCAGGUUCAUGCCUGCCCAUUAGGAUUCCAGCUAAAUCAGCCUAGGGUGUCAGGAGCUCUAUGGGAUGGCAACUCUUGGGGGGAGGUGACAGACCACUCUGUUCGCCACUAAUGCUAGACUGCCCUGCCAUAGGCUUCCCAAAAAAGCUCCCAAUUCCAACCUCCACCCCAUUUCUCCCCUUCCUGGUGCUGCUAUUGGACCCCUAGCCAGCUCCAUCUCGGCCCUAACAACCCUGGGCCCACCAGGUGGGCCACCCUCAUCUGGCUGCCACUGCCCAAGCCACCCAGUAGCCACGUAGCAGAAUUCUGAAGCCAUGCCAGUCCCGGGGGCAUUUCUCCCCUCUCGGCAUUGAGGGUACUGGGAGGGUACUGGAUAGAGUGGAAUUAGGGGAGAAAAUUCUGGGAUCUUUCUAGCCAUAGGGCAGAGGAGGGGUAGAGGAGCUGGGCUGCUUCUCCCAGCAGUAUUAGUGCCCCCCCCCACCAGGCCAAAGGACCAUUUUCCAUGUUUUACCACUGCCCCAUCCCACCUCAUUCCACUCUGACUCCUGUGUCUGGUCCCCUUGCCCCAAGGCAGGAGGAAAUCCCAGGGGCCUGCCUGAUGGAGCCAUUCUCUGUCCCCUUGAAACCAUAAGACUGAAAGGAUUCCUCCUGUGUUGACCUGACCCUACACUGCCUACCCCUAUUUCUCACUUUAUGAUGGACUUAGGCCCCCAGGCCCAGCCAAAGCACUGAGUCCCCUUAAGUCACCUCCACACCCUCCCCUCAAACAAAGCACAAAUUGUUGUGCCUGUGCCACACGCAUGGGCCACAUGGGAACUCCUGCCUAGCCCAGAACCCAGCUGCGACACUACCAGCAAGGAAGCUGCUCCCCAAGGCCAAGAGUAGACAUGAGGCUGGGGUAAGCACUUGGGCUGGAGUAAUGGGGUUUUCUGUACCCCAAGUUUGUGGGCAUGCAGGCACAGCUACUGGGCCCACAGACACAGCCUCUGACAAAGGGAAGGUGUAGCCCAUCAGAAAGAAGAGGAUGUUCUCCUCCAUGACACCAGCAUGAGCGAAGCUUCUGCCCUUGCUGGAAAAGAAAUAAACUUGGUAUUCAUUGUGCCAAGAGCUUCCCAGUUGUCAUCCUGCCUCUGCUUGCCCUCCCUAUCCUUGCCCAGCCUCUAUUCCAUCUAUACUUGUAUUUCCUUAAGAUUUUGAUGUUCUAAUGUGUAAUAGAAACUUCUGAGUCCUUUCUCUCAGAAGAAUCUGAAAGGCAGCAGCACAGGAAUGCACAUGUAGCCAUCUGAGACCCCGCCCACAAGCACAUGGGGCACACACCCCCAACAGACCCCCAGCACAGGCAGAGGCGCACACACACACACUCAGGCAUGGCAGAGGAAUGGGUUGGUCCUGCUGAAGCCCUUGAAGAUAAACAGUGAUUUCCCAGUGCUCAGGCCAUAAGACAGACUCACAGAAGCUGUGUCUCUUGGACAUGUGCCCCUCUGCCAACCCCUUCCUGUGUGCCCAAAUCACUGGUGCAAUAAUUCUGCCAUUCUCCAAGCAGAGGAACCAGGGAUUGUGUUAGGUGGGUAUGGAACUCACCUGGGAGGAAGGGAGUGCUUCCAGGCCUCCUGGAGGGCAGACAGAGUCCUCCAAAGUCUGACUGCCACCAGUAACCCUCUCCUGAUGAAUAGCACGUAGGUAUCACCCAGUCCCCACAUAUCCACAGGGUGCCAUGCACUGCCGACGGGUGCCUGGAAAAACAGGCCUGUGCUGCUGCUGCCCAAGUGUGAGGCCAGAGGAACCCUGCCCACUGGUGCUUCAGCUCUUCCCACUACUGCUGUGAGGAAUGGGAUUC